AUGAGGUUCUGUGACAAGAUCCAAUAUAUUGGUAGCAAAUUAUUAAUGGUAACUUCAAUUUACGUCUUCGUUGGCCUAAGUUUCACAGGAACCCUGAUACUAUUCUCAUUGAGCGUAAAAAACUAUGCUCUCUUAGUUGAGAUGAUAAUUUCAUUUUUUGUGGUUAUAAUUAUGGCAUUUUUAAUAUCUCAUUUCGGACAAAUAGUUAUCAAUGCCAGCGACGAUAUAUUUUAUAAUUGUUACUUCUGCGGAUGGUACAAAUUUCCUUCAAACGCUAAACCGUACGUAAUAAUGAUGAUGGUUCGAGCACUCAGCCCUUAUGAAUUUAAUUCAGGUCCGUUUACGGUGCUCAAACUGAAUUAUGAAAAUUUUAAUACAAUUGUCAACACCGCAGUACCUUACAUGACGGUCAUGGCUUCUCUUAUGUAA